AUGGACUACACUCAACGAGCCCUACUAGAUGCUUCUCUUUCCAACCCUACUGCAUUCUGGAAAGCUGCUGCGUCACAUAUCCAUUGGUUUACCAAUCCUACUCAUGUGUUUGAUGCUGCCUCUCCCCUAUUUCCUGCUGGAAGAUGGUUUGCCGAUGGUCAACUCAAUACUUGUUAUAAUGCGAUUGACAGGCACGUCUUGAAUGGCAGAGCCCAUCAAACCGCCCUAAUAUGGGAUUCCGCUGUCACUGGCACCGUCAAAAAGUUUACGUACAAUGAGCUACUGCAAUCUGUUGGAAAAGUCGCUCGUAUACUGAUGGCUCAUGGUGUUGAAAAAGGCACUACUGUCAUUAUUUAUAUGCCACUUGUUCCAGAGGCGGUAUUUGCCAUGCUGGCUUGUGCCAGACUUGGUGCAAUCCAUAGUGUUGUAUUUGGAGGCUUUGCUGCUCUUGAACUUGCCAAGCGUAUCGAUGAUUGCAAACCAAAGGUUAUUCUAGCCGCUUCCUGUGGAAUUGAGCCUACCAGAAUCGUGCCUUAUAAACCAUUGAUUGAUACCGCCUUGUUACUCUGCAAACAUAAACCGAUGGCUACGAUCAUACUACAACGGCCUCAAGGCCCAGUUCUUGCGCUAGACGAAUUCAAAGGUGAAUGGGAUUGGAAUAAACAGUUGGAGCUGCAUAAUGCAGCUCAUUCUUCUAUCCCUGCUGCUGUAUCCGUCGAGUCUGGACACCCAUUGUAUCUUCUCUACACAUCUGGAAGCACCGGUACACCCAAAGGUGUUGUACGUGAUAAUGGAGGACACGCAGUUGCUCUUCAAUGGUCUAUUACAAACAUUUUUGGUUUAUCUCCCGGCAAUGUGAUCUUUACUGCAAGCGAUAUUGGAUGGGCAGUGGGUCAUAGCUUCACGGUUUAUGGUCCAUUGAUGGCUGGAUGCACCACUGUUUUGUACGAAGGAAAGCCUGUGGGAACUCCUGAUGCUGGUGCGUUUUGGCGUGUGGUGAAUCAUUACAAAGUAAAUGUGCUGUUUACUGCACCUACAGCGAUUCGUGCCAUCAAACGUGACGAUCCAGAAGGCAACUAUUUGUCUAAAUUGUCGAUCCCAACAUUGCAACAUUUGUUUCUGGCUGGAGAACGAUCUGAUCCCGAUACUAUUCAUCACUUUCAAAAGUUGCUUGGAAUUCCUGUUCGAGAUCAUUUUUGGCAAACUGAAACUGGAUGGCCUGUUACUGCUCCAUGUGCAACCAUAAAUUCGCUUAAAUCCACUCCUAUUCGAGCUGGUUCUGCAGGACUACCUGUUCCUGGCUAUGAUGUGCGCGUCCUUGUUCCACUCGAUCAAUCAACCCACGACGACCACGAAACUACUUAUUCGAGCACAAAUCAUGGCGUUGCCUAUCGUGAGGCUAGUUUUGGUGAAUAUGGCAAUUUAGUAGUCAAGCUUCCACUUCCACCAGGAUGCCUUCCGACUUUGUGGAACAACGCUGAUGGAUUUGUUAAAAGUUAUCUUUCUAAAUUUCCUGGAUACUUUGAUCUUACAGACUCUGGAUAUAUUGACAAAGAUGGGUAUGUUUAUAUUAUGUCCAGAACAGACGAUGUAAUCAAUACUGCUGGGCAUCGGCUAAGCACUGGGACCAUUGAGCAGACUGUUUCUGCUCAUGCUAUGGUAGCCGAAUGUGCUGUGGUUGGACAACGAGAUGCCAUCAAAGGGGAAAAGCCUGUAGGGUUUGUUAUACUGAAGCAUUCCCAUUCGGCAAAGUCUUUGGACAUGGGUCGCAUAUCUAUGGAUCUUGUUGACCAUGUACGCCAACAGAUUGGUUCGUUUGCAUGCUUUCAUCAUGUAUAUUUUGUAGAUCGACUCCCCAAGACCCGAAGUGGCAAAAUUCUUCGUCGAACCCUUCGAGCCAUGGUGAAUGGAGACUCUUAUACCACCCCACCUACAAUCGAAGACGCAAGUGUUUUAAAGGAAAUUCAAUUAAAACUAAAACCAGCACAUUUAUAAAUAACCUACAUGAUUUGGCCGUCUUAGUCUUGGUUGUAUGUGAUAUGUUUGGAU